CUUCACGUUGGUUUGCGGCUUGGCUUGGUUAGCGCUUGGACUGGCUCAUCUGCGCGGUAGUAACCUUUGCGAGGCUUUCAGCGUGCCGCCGUUUUGGCGCUGUCCACACCGCAAGAUCAAGACUACAAGUAUACUUCUAUAUACCAACGUUCGCGUCCAGGAUCAGCUUGCGAUUUAGCGCCGAAGCGACCUGCAUGAGUCUGCGUCUGGCUGUCUGCGACCCAAAGCCUCAGGCCUCAGAAGUAACUUGUAUACAAUCUGUCGAGGGUUCUUGAAUUCUUCGAUAAACAUUACAAUAUCAUCUGGAACCUCGCGCACUCGUGAUAUCGAGGGACUACGAAAGCCUUGCUUCACUGCUGGAAAUGCUGCUCGCACAGAAUCAUUGGUAGGCAGUGACUGCUGUAUAUAUCUCCAAGCGCUACGGGGACGUCUGGACUGAAGCUGCGCAUACUUCAUGAGCACUCCGGCCCUGCACCCUGUUGUUACAAGCAAGCCUUCAACGACACCGCUGACCGGGCCCAACUUAUGGGCAACUUUUUCACACACCAGCUGGACAGCCUUUGCGAGCGCGGUCCUGGGUCUGCUCUUGGGAUUUGCACAUAAUAUUGCUGUGGCCCUAUGGCCCUUUCCUCUCCGUCUGGGGGCGGUGGUGGGAGCGUGCACACCGUGCCGCCACCGGACGAUCACGCCCGUACUAAGCUGCUGCCACGCCGUCGAGUCCUCCUGCGACUCUGGUGACGAGCGCCCGACCACCACGGCUGCCUUGAUUGUGCGCUACUCUGCUCCUACGAGCUAUGACGGUGCCAGCUGCGGCAAGGCUGCUUACAGGCCAGCAGCGCGCGCGCUGCUGUGCGCGCGGCUGCGUGCGGCGGCUCUCGGCCUGCCGCCACCGCGGGCCCUAGUGACGCAGCUCCAGCUGCCCUCCCAAGCAACAGCUAUCAGACUGGUCCUGAACAAGAGCUACGGACAAGAAUGGCGCGCUGCCGCCUCUGUUGCUGCUGCCUGCCAAAGGCAGCCUAGGCGGACGCACCCAGCAACGGCAAGGCGCUCCACAUCACCUAGCAGGGUGGGGGCCGCUGCUGCGCUGCUGUUGCCGUCCACUGCGUCGCCUUGCGUCGCCCUUGUCAGUGUGCGAUACAAGAUCCAUGGUGCCGAGCCGGAGCAGCUGGCGCCAGGCUGGGCGCGGCGCCUGGAGAACUUGGUGCUGUCAGGGCCGGGGACGGACUCACAGCCGCAGCACGACCAGCACCAGCUUCAGUACCAGCAUGGCUGGCGGUGGCACGGCUCUCAGCGCCAGGGCACUCCGCCCACCAGCUCUUCUUGUACGGGCGCGCCGGGGACCGAGCAACUGCUGGGCCAGCUGCAGGGCCAGGCGGCGGCAGCAGCGGCAACAGCUGCGGCGGCGGGCGGGGCUGGCUGUGUGCGGCUGGCGGGCGUGUGCGUGCGGCGCGGCUGCGUGGAGCUAACAAUGGACAUGCUGGUGGCUCUGCCGCACCCCGGAAUGUGCCCGAAGGGCAUGGAUGGGGCUGCGUGGACAGCUGAAGUAUUCAGGGCGGGAGCCGCGUCAGCUGCUGGUGGCGCAGCCGCGCAGGCCUCAUGUCCCAGCAGCGUGGCCCCGCCCUCCUCGGCGGCGGCGGCAACCGCAGACUGGUUGGAUGCGGUUGUGCCAGCGGUGGAGGCCGUCGUGGAGGCGCUCGGGCUUGGAGAUGCCGUGAAGCAGGAGGACAUGGCUGCCGCGGCCGCGGCCGCAACGCUGGCUUCUGGCGGGGCCGGUGGGUGGCAGCAGCACCAGCAGCAGCAGCAGCACCAGCAGCACCAGCAGCACCAGCAGCAGGAGAAGCUUGGAGGCGCGGUGGCGUCGGUGGUGCUACCCGGCACGCCGGUGGGUGGUGUGGAGGUGCGUGUGCGGGUCGUGGGCGGCGGGCCGCUGCGACAGUUGCAGCAGCCGCAGUCGCCAGCGCAGCAGCAGCCGGGAGCGCAGCUGCGGCUGCAGCAAGGAGGUGGCGUCGCGCCUGCAGCCACUCCGCGUGUUGUGGCGUUGCAGCCGCGCGUGUUGCUGCUGCCGCCUUUCUCGCCGUGCUCGCCGUCAGGUGACCACACGUCGUCAGCAGGAGCUCCGGAGGUGCUGUUACACGCCGUGGUUGCGCGGCGGCGGCCGCAGCGGCCCCAGGAGUCCCAGCAGCCACCGCAGCCCAACGAAGCGUCGCAGCAAGCGCUCGCGCCGCCGUCUUUGCUGGUGCGCGCGCACAACCAAGUGCUGCUCACGCGAGUGGUGCACUUUGUGCGCUGCGACGGCGACGGCGACGCCGCCGGCGCCCUCUCAUCGGCAUCGUCAGCAGGUGACGCCGGUGGUGGCGCAGGAGCACCAGCUGCCGUGGCUGCCGAGCCUACAGAUUGUGCAACAGCAGCGGAAGCCUCGCAGACAGCGGAGAGCAGUGGCACUGGCGAGGAGCUUUACCGGCUUUGUGUGGCAGUGGCAAUGCCCCGGCGGCCUGGACCCGUGCUGGCCGAGCUCGAAUGGGAGGGCGGCGCGGCCGAGGUGCUGCCGCUGAUGGCGCUGCGGGAUGACGGAGACAGCAGCGGCAACGGCGGCGCCGCCACUGCGGCAGCGGCCGAGCUGGGCGCCAUGACGGCGGCGGUAGCAAAACUCCGGACGGAGGCAGCACUGACCAGCACGCCCGCGCUCGUUGAGGCUGCUACUGCCGCCGAGGCUGCUGACGCUGAUGCUACUGCCACCGCAGCUCAUCAGCAGGCCUCCGUCCUUGACAGCCUGCUUUUGGACAUGGCGGUGUGGGCGCAGGCGGAGGCGGAGGCUGCCGAGGCCGCUGCUGCUGCAGCAGCUGCUGCUACUGCUUUGGCAGCGGCAGCAGAGGCAGAGACCCUGCUACAGCCGGCGCUGCUACCGCAGCGGCUGCCGUCGGCUCAGCUACUCUACCUGGGGAGACACCUGCUGGCGUUCGCUCAGGGGGUGGGGCUGCCUGCUACUGCCACUUGGCUUGCUGUGGGGCUGGAGCGCAUGAGCGCGUCACUUGACGAUGGUUACGGCGCGCCGGACGUAGCUGACGCCGCCGCCGCCGGCUCCGCCUCAGAGGCGAUGCCGCGAGGAGACGCCGAGGUGCCGGCUUGCGCCAGCACAGCGGGUGUCAAGACCUGCACACUUCACUCGGGAGGCGUGCUCGGCGUGCUCGGGGAAGGAGCUGCGGCAGGCAGGCAGACAUCGGACGAGGCGGGCUCGGGGCUCCUUGGGCUGUGGCAAUACGCGCUAAAGGCAACGGUGGGACUGGAGCGAAGCAGUCACGAGGAGGAGGCGCGGCUUCAGCGCUUCUUGGCGCCGUGGGCCGUUGCGCAGGAGCAUUUCAUUCAUGUGGUGGAGGUUGUGGGAUUCGUGGGCAUGAUUGUUCGGUUCGCUGCGGACGGCACCCUCUUCCAGUGGGGCGUCCUGCCCUUCAUGAUUGGCGCGGUGCCCGGCAUCGUGUCUCUUUGCGCGUGGCUGCUGUUGCCCCCCGCCGGGUGGGUGCGCUUCGUGCAAGACGCCAAGCUGGUGCGGUACUUCUUUUACCUGCUGGUGAAGACGCUGGUGGCGGCGGGACUGCCAGUCGUGACUGGCCAGGCGCAGCAGUACCAGGGCGGCCUCGGCGUGGUUAUGUUGGAGGGCGUCCUCAUGCCCGUAUCGUGUCUGCUUCCGUUCCGCACCGCGGCCGUGGUCAUGGCAGCUCGCGUGCUGCCGUCCACAGCAGUCAUGCUGCGCACCGGCGUCACGAGCGUCCCGUCUGAAGCGCUCGCGUCCUCGCUUGGCGUGUCGGCGGUGGCGGUCAUCACCACAUUGUUGUGUCACGCAUACCUGAGGGUGAGCUUCAUCCGGCACCAGUGGCGCCAGCAAGCCGUGGGCGCAGGCACAGGCGCAGCGUCGGCAGCAGGCGCGUUGGCUGCUUGGAAGGAGGCUGGCGGCGGCGAAGCGUGUGUAGCUCGCAGUCCAGUGGCGGCCGCCACCGCCGGCGUCGUGGACGCGCAUAAGCCGAAAGCUGAAUAGGUGCAUGCAUGGAUACGGCUCGUACGGCUGCGGGAUAAGGCUGCACACCUGCACUUGCUGACUCGAUGCGGAGUCGUCCAGUUAGGUACAGUAGUCUGGUUGUAGUGUUUGUUGCCGAAGUUGAUUUCAGGAGUGGCGUACUACCGUAUGCGUUGCUGAAGGGCUGUAAAGGGAACGUGAUCACGUUGUGCACACAGGGCGUGUUGGCGUUGUGACGGUUUCAAGAGCAAUCAAGGAAAGGGGUAAGAGCCGUACUAAUUUACUUUAAUGGCAGCAGCCGGUGCUCAUGCUGCAAAUUGGGUGCGGCUACCGGGUGGGUCGCUCACAUAGGUAAGCAAGCGCACGCACCCGAUGCGUUAUGCUCGUGUUGGUGGGGAUGUGUGCCCACGGGGCUUGCAAUGCAAACAUGCUCAAGUGCACAUAAUGGAGGGCAAGAAUGCUUAUAUCGGUAUGAACUUGGGCCUUUCAUGUGGGCCUGUGAGGCAAGCUUACCGUCCAGCUUGCUGGAGGUGCGUUGGCAAAAUGGGUUCACAUUUUAGAUACGUGCUGGAGGCGAGGUGGACAGGCGUGCGCACGGGGCCGCGGGAGGUGAACACGCAUUUGGGCGUGGCAACUCCAUGCUUAGGCGGCAUCAAAAAUUUGGCCAGGCUGCUGGAUAAAUGAAGCAGGGGCUGCGAUCAGUGGGGGGCGCAAGACGGACCCAUACAAGGCCCACCUGCUCCGGUUGUGGACCGCUGCGGCGCCAUGUUCGUGUGCCGUUUUGCUGUCCACCGCUUGGUGGAAUUCUUAAGUUGUAGCGCUCCCAUUUGAUUGUACGGAACGUAUUACACAUCCACAACGCAAAACCGGCAGACCAACAUGGUGCCUACAUGAAGCAGCCGCGUCAUGCGCGGACACGGACAAGGGGGUGUCGGUUUUGUACAGCUGAAACUGGGCUGAGCGCCGCAGCAUCAGGGAGGACUGACGGCAAGUCGGUAGACGUACGUACGGAAAAGUGUUGAGGGAUGUAACGU